GAGUCAGAAGAUAUAAAUGGGACUCCGGAUACCGAGAUGUUAAAAAGCAACGUGGAUACUGGAAGUAAAUAUAGCUCCUGAUCCACUGACUGCAGACUCGGCAAGCGAACUACACACGAGGGGUAUCGGCAUCACCCCACCAUCAGCACCCGGGCAGAACAAGAGGACCACGUGGGUAGCACUCACAUGUGCACGCAGGAAUAUCCGCAUACCCACGGAGAGACAUCCUAAUACACAGCAUCCACAGAUUAGAGAGGAUAGGGCACGGCUGCUGUUUCUACAGUCCCAGAGAUUAGGGGCACAGCACUUAUAAGGCAGGGUAUACAGCUGCUGUACGGCACCACACGUGUAAGCUGAGCAUUAAUAUAACAAUAUACAGCAGCAGGAGGCAGACGGAUCACACCACUAGAGUAGCUGCCAUAAGGUGAGGUAGACACUGCAAAAGCAGGUGACACGGCUGAGGGAUUCAGUGACAAGGAACAGCCCAUCUGUCACCCAGACGUCAUCCGCCAUGUCAGGCAGUGUGAAGCGGCGGCAGUCCGGCUCCCCAACAUCAGCGCAGGAUGACCCGCAGGCUACAGAGAAGAUGCUGCGGGAGAACGGCACCCCGGGAGCGGAGGGCGGGCAAGAGGGGACGGUUGAACUGAAGCGCACCAUCACUCUAGUGAACGGCGUGGCCAUCAUCGUGGGCACCAUCAUCGGCUCUGGCAUUUUUGUGAGCCCCACUGGCGUGCUGCGGGAGGCCGGAUCUCCUGGCUUGUCGCUCUUGGUAUGGGCCAUAUGCGGCGUCUUCUCUAUCAUAGGUGCUCUGUGCUACGCCGAGUUAGGAACCACUAUCUCCAAGUCCGGAGGGGACUAUGCCUAUGUGCUGGAGGUGUACGGGGCGCUGCCCGCCUUCCUCAAGCUUUGGGUGGAGCUGCUCAUCAUCCGGCCCUCCUCGCAAUACAUCGUGGCUCUGGUGUUCGCCACUUACCUUCUGAAGCCCAUCUUCCCCACCUGUCCUGUACCUGAGGACGCUGCUAAACUUGUGGCCUGCUUAUGUGUCCUGUUACUGACUGCCAUCAACUGUUACAGUGUAAAAGCUGCCACCAGAGUGCAGGACGCAUUUGCUGCAGCCAAGCUGCUCGCCCUUUGUUUAAUCAUCAUCCUUGGAUUUGUGCAACUAGGAAAAGGUGAUAUUGCCAACCUCAGCCCAGAACAUGCCUUUGAAGGUACUAGCACUGAUGUUGGCCAGUGGGUCUUGGCAUUAUACAGUGGGCUUUUUGCCUAUGGAGGAUGGAACUACUUGAAUUUUGUCACAGAAGAGAUGAUAGAACCUUACAAGAACCUGCCUCGUGCCAUUAUUAUUUCUAUGCCCAUUGUCACCUUGGUUUAUGUUCUUACCAACCUGGCAUAUUUCACCACAUUGUCUACCGAGCAGAUGUUGAACUCAGAAGCUGUGGCCGUGGAUUUUGGAAAUUACCACCUUGGAGUCAUGGCUUGGAUUAUCCCAGUAUUUGUUGGUCUAUCAUGCUUUGGAUCUGUUAACGGGUCCCUGUUUACAUCCUCCAGACUGUUCUUCGUUGGAUCCAGAGAAGGGCACCUGCCUUCCCUGCUGUCUAUGAUCCAUCCCAGGCUCCUAACACCAAUGCCAUCUCUCAUUUUCACUUGUGCUAUGACGUUGCUUUAUGCAUUUUCUCAUGACAUAUUCUCAGUCAUCAAUUUCUUCAGUUUCUUUAAUUGGCUGUGCGUAGCAUUGGCAAUUAUUGGCAUGAUGUGGCUCCGGUACAAGAAGCCUGAGCUAGAAAGACCCAUAAAGGUGAACAUUCUGCUGCCCAUUUUCUUCAUCCUUGCCUGCAUCUUCCUCAUCGUAGUCUCUUUCUACAUGACUCCUGUUGAGUGUGGAAUUGGCUUCAUCAUCAUCUUGUCCGGUGUCCCUGUUUACUACUUUGGGGUCUGGUGGCAAAAUAAACCCAAGUGGGUCCUGCAGGGCAUAUAUUCCACAACUGUGGUUCUGCAGAAGCUAAUGGAGGUUGUACCUAACGAAUCCUAAAUCACAAAAUUCCCUAUCAGGGGGGGGAAAAAUUUAAAACGCACAAAAAAAAAAAACGGUAUUUUGCCAAGACUUCAAAAGGUUAAAAACAAGUAGAGUUCUUUUCCUCCAUCUGACCUCUGAUUUACAUGAGAACAACAUUUGGUAUCAGAGAAAUGAAACACGUUUAUUACACCCUGGCAGGAUCAUUUCCUCUUGCCGUCUUACCACACAUACUCCAGAAGCUCCUAUUACGUUGAUACAAAUACCCUAUUUUUGGAAAGGGACAGUGACCUGUGUUUAUUUAGUGGGUGUUACUUUUUUUUGUCUUUUAUAGACUGUGUUAGUAUCCAGUUACUGUACCUCAUUUUUAAAGGAAAGACAAGUCGUGAUUCCCACAGCAAACAAGUUUACAGCACCCUUCUGACUUUAUUAGAAGAAAACAACACUUCCUAUAAAAAGGAGCAUCAUCAGAGCCAGCAUGCGUUGUAUCCAUUGCAAGCAACCUGGAUGACUGACACACGGAAAAAGAAGAACCCCUGUGACACUUGAACCACUGAAGAGAUUGCAGAACCACGAAGCAAAAUCUCCACCAAGAGUUACUUGAACUGAUUUUUAAUGUUUAGUUUGCAAGCAAAUUCUGUUUUGCUUUGUCUUAGUUGCUUUUUUUUUUUUUAUAAAUGAGCAGUUGAGUUUUUUCAUUUUCUGACAUUAAUUCCCACUGCUACAUGAAUUGCUCUUAAAUUUGAUCUAUCAGUGCUAGUCCUUGAUUGGUUGCAAAGAAACUCCAGGGGUGGGUGGGGUUGAACUACUAUAUGGGUUUACACCAAACCUCACAUAACAAUAGUAGCUAAUAGCUGUACCUAUUACUAGUAACAAAAAACUUUAUUAACUCCUUGACUGCUAGAGAAAACUGCAAUGCAUUGUUACAUAGCAUAAUCUACCAGUAUUAGCAGCAUAUGGUUGUAACAAGAACGUUCAUCAACCCCUGGCUGCCACAGUGGGCAACACAUUGCUAAGCAAUUUAUUCUAGCCCUGGUUGGCAGCUAAGAGGUUAAAGCCUUCUACUGCCAGUAACUAAACUGUAACCUUUUUAUUACAAUAGAUUCCAAUCUUAAAGGCUCAUUGUACUCAAAUCAAUUUUAACAUUAUAAAAGUUUUUGUGCAUAAAAACGGUUAGGUAGAAGCUGUAUCAAAGCAACUUAAAACUGAAGUUAAAGCUGGAAGUGCACAACUGAUACUCAUAAAGUAAUGCAAUGGCUUCACAGGCUCUGUUGGUGAAGAGGGAUAAGGUUGCACAUGCCUGAAAAGAAAACAAAUGGUUUAUUCUGUCUAAACAUUAAUUGAAAUGCCAUCUUUUAGACUGCACAAAAGCAAUGAGUACAAUGUCUCUUCAAAGGGACAUGAAACCCAAUUUUUCUUUCAUGAUUCAGACAGAACAUACAUUUUUAAACAACUUUCUAUUUUGCUUCUAUUAUCAGUUUUUAUUCAUUAUCUUGGUAUCCUUUAUUGAAGAAGCAGCAGGGCACUACUGGGAGCUAGCUUAACACUUUGGUAAACCAAUAACAAGAGGCAUCUAUGUGCAGUCACCAAUCAGUAGCUAGCUUCCAACUUCUGAGCCUACCUAGUUAUGCUUUUCAACAAAAGAAACCAAGAGAACAAAGCAGAUUAAUUAAAUAAUAGAAGUACAUUGAAAAGUUGUUUAAAAUUAUAUAUUCUGUUUGAAUCAUGAAAUAAAAAUUUGGGGUUUCAUGUCCCUUUAAGGGCCUGAUAAGUAAAAACUUACUAUCAUGGAGAGGAAACAUACACAAUUUGGGGAUUUUUUUAGCGUUAGAUUAGGUGUAGUUGUCUCUUUCACACCCAGAAUCCUGCAUAGUGAGAUAAACAGCGCUCAAGCUAACAUUUGCCUUUCUAAAAUUCUUUAAUGGACCUCACAGUACUGACGCGACUUUUUAGAUAAUCUCGCCAAGGAGAAGGCCUUUAUAUGAUUGGUGCCCUAAGUGUUUAAGGCUUUUUUCUUUCUUUCACCAUUUGUCGCAUAUUGCUGUCUGUUACUUACUUUUAUUAUUGUGUAUUACAAAUUGAAUGUUAAACAUGUCAACUUAAAACCCUUAAAUGUUUUUAUUAUCCAGCUUCUAAAAGAUGCAAUUCAGUCAGAAGCUGUUUUUUUACACAUAAAAAAUGCAGACAAAUCUUUUUUAAAUGCAGUAUAUUUAGAAAUGUUCAUGCUCUUGCUAAUAUAUAUAUAUAGUUACUAAUUUAAUUAUUUCUCGUAUUUACUUAACUAGAUUUUUAUUUAUUCCUAUUAGUAUAUAUUUUUUUAGUUCUUUAUGGUCUUUCUGAAACGUUUUUUGUUACACUUUGUAUAGUGAGUUGACUAAAAGUGGUUGGUUGGUUACAUACAUUAAUAAAAUAUUCUCCAUAGUAUUGAAAAAAA